AUGUACUCCUCCCCCACAUUGUUACGCUACGCAACUAUCCCCACGACAUUCUUCCUCCUAUUCCUGACAUGGCAUCUUUGUUCCCUGUCUCUUCCUCCAACAUCCUCAAUCCCUUGGAUCUCAUUUCCAGAACCCUCCAACAUCACCACAUCUCCCCCUCCACCGUUACACGAUACAUCCAACAUCCUCCUAGUCCUCAAAACCGGAGCCUCGGUAAUCUCCUCCCGCCUUCCUGCACACAUCAACACCACUCUUCCAGCAGCAAAACAUCUUCUCAUCCUCUCYAGCCUAUCUCAGACCUUCUCCGGAUACCCUGUGCACGACAUACUUGUGAAUGUGAGCGAUUCGUGGAAACAACACCACCAGGACUUUAAAGUCUACCGCCAACUGCAGGAACUUGGAGCCGAGAACCAGGAUGCCAUCCAGGAGCUUGCGAGUCAGAGUGCGUGGGACUUGGAUAAGUGGAAGUUCAUGCCGAUGCUGUUUGAGAGCUACCAACAAGCACCGGAGGAGGUUGAGUGGUUCGUCAUGAUUGAGGGAGAUACGAGUUUAAGCUGGACGAAUCUUAUUUGGUGGCUGUCGAGUUUCGAUGCGAACAAGCCGAGAUAUAUGGGAGCAGCCAAUAAAUGCGUUGUUGGUCCGCUCAACGGGCAAUUGUUCGCACAUGGAGGCAGCGGCGUGGUUUGGUCGAGAAGUGCGGUUGAGAAAGUUUUAGAGGUUCGAGAGAGGGAAGGUGUGGAGAACUAUGAUCGGAGGUGGGAAGAGAUCACCAACAAGAACUGUUGUGGGGAUGUUGUUCUUGCGGCAGCUUUUGAAGAAGCAGGAGUCCGUUUGACGAGAGCGGGUCCGAUGCUUCAAGGUGCUACCCCUGACUCUUUCGUCUGGUCGCUGCAAGAUUGGUGUCGACCUCCCAUCACAUGGCAUCACGUUUCUCCGGAUGAGGUCGAGCAGAUUCAUGACUUCAGCGAACGUUGGGCGAUGGAACAAAAGGAGGGUGUUCCAUAUUUCUUUAGCGAUGUUUAUGCAGAGUUUCUGGCUGGACGGCGGAGAGCGGAAACGCCGCUCUGGGACAAUGGCGCCCGGAAACCGUGGGAGGGAAACCAUACCUCCAAGGCAGAAUGUACCAGGGCCUGCAGAUUGGACAAGUACUGUCUUCAGUGGAUGUUUGCGGAGGGUGAGUUAGGCUCAAGCUGUCUCUUCGGGCAGUUCUUCUCGGUUGGAGAGGCUCUUGCAGAUGAAGAGGACGAGGAGGGAAGGAUCGGAAAUUGGACGUCCGGGUGGAUUGAGGAGAAGGUCGAGAAGGCGAUUAUGAAUUUUGGACCUUGCUGA